GUCAUUUAGAGGGGGUGACUGUCAGCAGAGUCCUGGUGGCUUCGUUGGUGGCUCUUCUUUUAUAUCUAGUUAGCCCUUUCUCCUUGGUAUUUAAAGACAAAACUGGUAAAAUGUCCAGCAAAAGGGCAAAGGUGAAGACCAGUAAAAAGCGUCCUCAGAGGGCCACUUCCAAUGUGUUUGCCAUGUUUGACCAGUCACAGAUCCAAGAGUUCAAGGAGGCCUUCAAUAUGAUCGACCAGAACCGUGAUGGCUUCAUAGAUAAAGAGGACCUGCAUGACAUGCUGGCUUCAUUAGGUAAGAACCCCACAGAUGAAUAUCUUGAGGCCAUGAUGAAUGAAGCACCAGGUCCCAUCAACUUCACCAUGUUCCUCACAAUGUUUGGAGAGAAGCUGAAUGGCACAGACCCCGAGGACGUCAUCAGAAACGCGUUUGCUUGCUUUGACGAGGAAGGAACAGGUUUUAUCCAAGAGGAAUACCUCAGGGAGCUCCUGACCACCAUGGGUGACAGAUUCACAGAGGAAGAAGUGGACGAGCUCUUCCGAGAAGCUAAUAUCGACAAGAAGGGCAACUUCAAUUAUGUGGCGUUCACGCGCAUCUUAAAGCAUGGUGCCAAGGACAAAGACGAUUAGGAAGUUACCGGAAACCCCAUGCAAAUUACACUGUUCAUAACACUGCACAUCAUAUUUAAUUGUUAUAGUAGGCCAGUUCACAUGUUGGCUUUAGUAGGAAGGCACAUAAACACUAAAAAUUAAGACUGAUAAACCUUGUAAUAUUGUCUUAAUGUACUUAUAUAUUUCUAAUCACAUAGGAAAAAACAGUGGCAUACUCAGGAGCAAAAAUGAAGCUGUAGCAAUGUUACAAGGUUGAGUUAAGCUUACAGUUAUUUCUGAAGAAUGAAAACACCAUUGCUGUAUGGAAUUAUCUCCACAAUAAUUAAUUAUGCACUUUUUGAUGCUAUUUAGAUUUUUAAGAUAUUUGAGAACACCAAGGUUGGUUUGUUAACAGUGCACAGCUGAAAACGUUACAGAGAAGACUACGGUCACUGCUACUGCUCAAAAAAUGUUAGUAAGGGUGCUUACAACCAACCAAUAGAAUGUAACUGCUUGGUAGAGGCAGCUUCCAUGAUGUAACUACCGUACAAGCUCAUACAUCGUAAACUAGGCUUUUAGUCAUGGCUUUCUGUUGUGGUGCAGAAUAAAGAAAUGACAAAUGUAUGCAGAGUUUAAAACAAAACCAUUAUAGCAACAGUAGACAUCUUCAGUAGACAAAUAGCUAGCAACAUCUUCAUGAGCUAGCUAUUUAUUCCCCUGUGAUUCAUUUCAGGUUUUAUCAGAACAGAUAUGGUCACUUUUGAUUCACGUUCCCUGCACUGAGAAAACAUUUCGGUACCUAAGACUUGCAUGUACUUGCGGCAUAUCUAGUUAACUCAUCUCAAAGAUGUUUUUGCAACUCAAUAUAAAGAGCCUUUGCAAUAAUAUUCCCUAGGCCUGAUAUAACUAAGUAUCCAGUUCACCAAGGUGAAUAAAUUUAAUUUCCCAGACACUACAUUUCAGGAUCUACUGCUUAGAUGAUGUGUAUAAUAUUGUUUAUUUGUCCUUAAUCUGUGUACAAAUAAAUGACAAAUCCAUCUC